AUGGCUCGGUUCGAAAAUGAAGUACCGUCCAGGUAUGGUGGAGGACCUGGCCCAGGGGGGCCCGGUCGCGGCGGCAGUAGACAAGGUGGCCCGCCGGGAGCUCAAAGGGUGUACAAGCAGUCCAUGGCCCAGCGAGCCAGAACUAUGGCCCUGUACAAUCCAAUACCGGUUCGACAGAACUGCUUCACUGUCAACCGUUCCCUCUUCAUCUUCAGCGAGGACAACUUUGUGAGAAAAUACGCCAAAAAGAUCACCGAAUGGCCUCCUUUCGAGUACAUGAUCCUGGCCACCAUCAUCGCCAACUGCAUCGUCCUGGCCCUGGAGCAGCAUCUGCCCGACGGGGACAAGACCCCCAUGUCCGAGCGCCUGGAUGACACAGAACCCUACUUCAUCGGCAUCUUCUGCUUCGAGUCGGGCAUCAAGAUCCUGGCCCUGGGCUUCGCCUUCCACAAGGGCUCCUACAUGCGCAACGGCUGGAACGCCAUGGACUUUGUAGUAGUGCUCACUGGAAUCCUGUCCACAAUCGGGUCGGAGUUUGAUCUGCGGACCCUUCGUGCCGUCAGAGUGUUGAGACCCCUCAAACUGGUGUCUGGGAUUCCCAGUCUGCAGGUGGUGCUCAAGUCUAUCAUGAAGGCCAUGAUCCCUCUUCUGCAGAUUGGUCUGCUGCUCUUCUUUGCCAUUCUCAUGUUUGCCAUCAUAGGCCUUGAGUUUUACAUGGGGAAGUUCCAUACCACCUGCUUUGACAACGUCACAGAUGAGAUACGGGAAGAGUUUCCAUGUGGUGUGGAGGCUCCGUCUCGUCUUUGCCCUAAUGGCACGGUCUGUAAGCCGUACUGGCUCGGCCCCAACUAUGGCAUCACGCAGUUUGACAACAUCCUGUUCGCCAUCCUCACGGUCUUCCAGUGCAUCACCAUGGAGGGCUGGACCGACCUCCUCUACUACAGCGACGACGCCUCCGGGGGCGCCUGGAACUGGAUGUACUUUAUCCCCCUCAUCAUCAUCGGCUCCUUCUUCAUGCUCAACCUGGUGCUGGGUGUCCUGUCCGGGGAGUUUGCCAAAGAGAGGGAACGUGUCGAGAACAGGAGUGAGUUUCUGAAGUUGAGGAGACAGCAGCAGAUAGAGAGGGAGCUCAACGGCUACCUGGAGUGGAUCUGCAAAGCAGAAGAAGUUAUUCUGGCGGACGAAGACAAUGAAACGGAUGACCGGAUGCCCUUUGAUGGGGCGCGGAGGAGGCCCACCCUCAAGAAGAACAAGAACGACCUCCUGAACCCCGAGGAGACCGAAGGAGACGCUCUAGGGUCCCCGUUCGCCCGGGCCAGCCUGAAGAGCUCCAAGCUGGAGGGCUCCACCUUUGACAAGCGCGAGCGCCGGUUUCGCUUCUUCGUCCGCCACAUCGUCAAGACGCAGGCCUUCUACUGGACCGUGCUCUGUCUGGUGGGCCUCAACACGCUGUGCGUGGCCGCCGUGCACUACGACCAGCCCGACGUCCUCUCCGACUUCCUCUACUUUGCCGAGUUCAUUUUCCUGGCAAUCUUCAUGUCGGAGAUGUGCAUCAAGAUGUAUGGACUGGGGACCCGCCCUUACUUUCACUCCUCCUUUAACUGCUUUGACUGCAUUGUCAUAUGUGGCAGCAUAUUCGAGGUCUUCUGGGCAAUGAUCCAGCCUGGUACCUCCUUUGGCAUCAGUGUGUUGCGCGCUCUCAGGUUAUUGAGGAUCUUCAAAGUGACCAAGUACUGGGCCUCCCUGAGGAACCUGGUGGUCUCCCUACUCAACUCCAUGAAGUCCAUCAUCAGCUUGCUCUUCCUGCUCUUUCUCUUCAUCGUGGUCUUUGCCCUUCUGGGCAUGCAGCUCUUCGGGGGCCAGUUUAACUUUGAAGCCGGCACUCCCCCUACCAACUUUGAUACCUUUCCUGCAGCAAUAAUGACAGUGUUCCAGAUCCUGACGGGAGAGGACUGGAACAUGGUGAUGUACGAUGGCAUCGAGUCUCAGGGUGGAGUGAGGAAGGGGAUGGUCUUCUCUGUGUUCUUCAUAGUGCUCACGCUCUUUGGCAACUAUACCUUGCUCAAUGUAUUCUUGGCUAUCGCUGUGGACAAUCUGGCCAAUGCACAAGAGCUGACCAAGGAUGAGCAAGAGGAAGAGAAGCAAGCCAGUAAGAAAGCUGCCCUUCAGAAAGCCAAGGAGGUGGCUGAAGUGAGCCCCCUGUCCGCUGCCAAUCUCUCCAUAGCAGCUAAGGAGAACCACUCAAAGUCAAACUCAAAGUCGGUGUGGGAGCAGCGCACCAAUGAACUGCGCAAACAGACCCUGGUCAACAGCAGAGAGGCCCUUUACAACGAGCUGGAGCCAGAGGACCGCUGGAAGGUGAACUACUCCCGCCACAUCCGGCCGGACGCCAAGACCCACCUGGACAGACCGCUGGUGGUGGACCCGCAGGAGAACCGCAACAACAACACCAACAAGACGUGCGCCGGGGAGCGCGAGGCCGACCAGGAGGCGCGGCUCAGCCAGCAGUGCGCCGAGGAGAUCUUCCGCAAGCAGACGCGCCUCCACGAGCGGUCCUCCUCGCGCGCGCGGAGCCGCAAGGCGGGCGAGGGCGAGCACCACCAGGGCCAGAAUCACGGCGCCCACGAGCACCAGCACCACCACAACCACCACCGCCCGUGCGGCGGCAGCACCACCCACCUGGAGGGGGUGGCCGAGGAGAAGCCGCACCGGCGCAGCCACCAGCACCGUGGCCAGUGCUCCCGCGCCCGCGACGCCGAGGCCAAGGGCACCGAGCAGCCGCACCGGGCCAGUGUGGAAGGCGGGGAGCGCAAGCCCAGGAGACAUCGCCACAGCGCCGCCUCAGGCAGCGAGGGGGAGUGCAAGCGGGAGAGGGGAGAGAGGGUCCGCCAGCACAGAGCCAGGAAGGAGGGCAGUGGGCCCACUCUGUCCACCACGCGGCCCAUCCAGAAGACCCUGUCCCGGCAGGCCAGCGUGUACAGCGAGGACAUGGACAACGUGAUGAACAGCAAGCUGGUCACCCAGCCGCCCGCGGCCACUGCCCGCAACCGCGGCGGCACCGUCACCGCCAACACCACGCCCCACGCCAGCAUCUAUAACCUGGCCAACAGCACCCACAGCCUCUACCAGCCGCCCCCCGGCCCGGACGGCAGCCUCGUGCCCAGCCGAGCCACCAGCAUGGCGUACCUGACCUGCAUGGGCUACCCGCGGGCAGACCACACCAGUGUCGACAUGCCACCCAUGUUCCCCUCGCACAACGCCAUCCUGCAAAUCAAUAAAAAUGCCAACACUGAGCCCCUCCCCAAAAAAGAGGAUAAGAAUGAUGACGACGAUGAUGACCCAAAAGACAGCGGUGGCCCCAGGCCUAUGCCUCCAUACAGCUCCAUGUUUGUCCUGUCCACCACCAACCCGUUUCGGAGAUUGUGCCAUUACAUUGUUACACUGAGUUACUUUGAAAUGACCAUCCUGCUGGUCAUCGCGAUGAGCAGUAUCGCCUUGGCUGCUGAGGACCCAGUCUGGCCCGAGUCCCCCCGGAACAAUGUGCUGCGCUACUUUGACUAUGUCUUCACUGGAGUCUUCACCUUUGAGAUGCUGAUUAAGAUGGUGGAUUUGGGUCUGAUCCUGCACCAGGGCUCCUAUUUCCGUGACCUUUGGAACAUCCUGGACUUUAUAGUGGUUAGUGGUGCCCUGGUGGCCUUCGGCUUCACUGGCAAUAGCAAAGGGAAAGAUCUCAGCACCAUCAAGUCUCUGCGUGUGCUGAGAGUGUUGCGGCCGCUCAAGACCAUCAAGAGGCUGCCCAAACUCAAAGCUGUGUUUGAUUGUGUGGUGAACUCACUCAAGAAUGUGCUCAACAUCCUCAUCGUCUACAUGCUCUUCAUGUUCAUCUUCGCUGUUGUUGCUGUGCAACUCUUCAAGGGAAAGUUCUUUUACUGCACAGAUGAGUCCAAGGAGUUUGAGCGCGACUGCAGGGGCGAGUAUUUAGUGUAUGAACGUGACAACGAAGUGAAGGCGCAGAAGAGGGAGUGGAAGAAAUACGAUUUCCACUACGACAAUGUGCUCUGGGCCCUGCUCACCCUCUUCACCGUAUCCACUGGAGAGGGGUGGCCGCAGGUGCUGAAACAUUCAGUCGAUGCGACUUAUGAGAAUCAGGGCCCGAGCCCGGGGUAUCGGAUGGAAAUGUCCAUCUUUUACGUGGUGUACUUCGUGGUCUUCCCCUUCUUCUUCGUCAACAUCUUCGUCGCUCUCAUCAUCAUCACCUUCCAGGAGCAAGGAGACAAGAUGAUGGAGGACUACAGUUUAGAAAAGAAUGAGAGAGCUUGUAUAGAUUUUGCCAUCAACGCCCGGCCUCUGACGCGACACAUGCCGCAGAACAAGCAGACCUUCCAGUACCGCAUGUGGGAGUUUGUGGUGUCGCCGCCGUUUGAGUAUACCAUCAUGGCCAUGAUCGCGCUCAACACCGUAGUGCUCAUGAUGAAGUAUGAUGGAGCCUCCAACGCCUAUAAUGAUGUGCUGGCCAACUUGAACAUCGUUUUUACCUCACUGUUUUCCAUGGAGUGUAUACUGAAGAUCAUUGCCUUUGGGGUUCUGAACUACUUCAAAGACGCCUGGAACAUCUUUGACUGUGUGACAGUCGUCGGGAGCAUCACCGACAUUCUAGUCACAGAGCUUGGGGAUAACUUCAUAAAUCUGAGUUUUCUGCGGCUUUUCCGAGCUGCUCGACUCAUUAAACUGCUCAGGCAGGGCGAGACCAUUCGCAUCCUGCUCUGGACCUUUGUGCAGUCCUUUAAGGCUCUGCCGUACGUGUGCCUCCUCAUCGCCAUGCUGUUCUUCAUCUACGCCAUCAUCGGCAUGCAGCUGUUUGGGAACGUCGCUAUUGAGGAAGAUGGAGAUAGUGCCAUCAAUCAACACAACAACUUCAGGGCCUUCUUCCAGGCACUCAUGCUGCUCUUCAGGAGUGCCACAGGGGAGGCUUGGCACGAGAUCAUGCUGGCUUGCUUGAGUGGGAAGAAGUGCGACCCGCUCUCAGGCAGCGAGGAGAUCUUUGGGUGUGGCAGCGAGUUUGCCUACCUCUACUUCGUCUCCUUCAUCUUCCUCUGCUCCUUCCUGAUGCUGAAUCUGUUUGUGGCUGUCAUCAUGGAUAACUUUGAGUACCUCACACGAGACUCCUCCAUUCUGGGGCCUCACCAUUUGGACGAGUAUGUGAGGAUAUGGGCCGAGUAUGACCCUGCUGCCUGUGGGCGCAUUCAUUACAAGGAUAUGUACAGUUUAUUGCGAGUUAUCGACCCUCCUCUGGGCUUAGGAAAGAAAUGUCCCCAUAGGGUGGCCUGCAAGAGACUGUUGCGGAUGGAUUUGCCGGUCGCCGAAGACAACUCUGUUCAUUUCAACUCCACCUUAAUGGCCUUAAUCCGCACGGCACUGGACAUCAAGAUCGCCAAGGUUACGGAAGGGGAGGACAAGCACCAGAUGGAUGCUGAGCUGAGGAAAGAGAUGAUGGCGAUUUGGCCCAACCUCUCGCAGAAGAUGUUGGACCUGCUGGUCACUCCACACAAGUCAGCGACAGACCUGACGGUGGGGAAGAUCUACGCGGCCAUGAUGAUCAUGGAGUACUACCGGCAGAGCAAAGCCAAGCGGGCCCAGGCACACAGUGAGGAGCAGAAUCGAACGACAUUAAUGUUUCAGCGUCUGGAGCCUCACUCCCCAACCCAGGAUGGUGGGCCGGGAGUCAAGGGCCUCCCUGAAUCCCAGCCGGAUGCUGUGGGCAAUAUGCCAAUGGAUGGGGGGAUGACAGAGAGCCAGUCCUGGGUGACAGCGCGCGCUCAGGAGAUGUCUCAGAAGGCUGGCAGCUGGAGUCCCGAGGGGCAGCAUCCCGACGACAAACGAGACAGUAUGCACAACUCUCAGACGAUCACAGACAACAGCCCGAUGAAGCGCUCGGCCUCCUCGCUGGGGCACGGCCGGUGCCAGCGGAUGGGCCGGGGGAGCGACGACUACGCCCUGGACCACGCCAUCCCCGAGGAGGGCCCGCGCCACGGGCACCGGCGCCGGGAGCGCAGCCACCGCGCCUCCGAGAGGUCCCUCAGCCGCUACACGGACGCAGACACAGGGCUGGGAACUGACCUCAGCACCACCACGCAGUCGGGCGACCUGCCGCCCAAGGAGAAGGAGCGCGGCGAGAGGGACCGCGACCGCGGCCGAGCCAAGGACCGCAAGCACCACCACCACCACCACCACCACCACAGCUCGCUGGACAAGGAGCGCUACACGCCCGACCGGCCCGACUACGGCCACCGGCAGCCCCGCGAGCGCGACCACCGCUGGUCACGCUCGCCCAGCGAGGGCCGCGAGUGUGGGCCUCAUCGGCAGGGCAGUAGUUCGGUGAGCGGGAGCCCCGUCCCCUCGACCUCGGGGACUAGCACCCCGCGCCGCGGCCGCCGCCAGCUCCCCCAGACCCCCGCCACGCCACGGCCCCACGUCACCUACUCGCCCGUGGUGCGCAAGCCCGGCAACCACGGCUCGCCCCGCCAGGGACGCCACGGUCCCCCUCCCUCUGGGCGCUGGGGCCCCCCGACGCCGGACGGCAGCCCGGAGGGCGACGGCUGCUUCUACGAGGACGAGGCCGAGGACUACGACUACCGCGAGCGCCACGAGCCGCCGGCCUACGAGCAGAACCCCACGCAGGGCAACCCCCACCCCCACGCGCACCCCAACCACCCCCACCCCAACCACCCGCAGCAUCCGCACCCGCCCCACCCCAACCACCCGCGCUCGCCCAGGACUUCCCGACACGGUCCCCCGCCGGGCGGUCCGCGACGCCUGCCCAACGGCUACCGCUCGUCCUCACCCUCGCCCCACCACCACCACGGCGGGCAGCCGGUGCCCCAGCACCCCGGGACUCACAAGCCCCCCCACCCCCGAGGCCCGCGAGGGAAGGGCCUGCAUGAACCCUACAGCGAGACCGACGAGGACGACUGGUGCUAGCCUCUGGGGAGCGGGGA